AUUUCCCAUUGAUUCAAGAUGACUCUAUGGAUAUCAUCCUUACUAUUAAUCUGUACUGUGUGCACAUGGCAUGGACAAGCAGAAUUUUUCACUUCAAUAGGCCAGAUGACCGACCUGAUAUAUGCAGAAAAAGAUCUGGUACAGUCAUUAAAGGCGUAUAUUCAAGAAGAAGAAUCUAAGCUGUUAAAAAUUAAAAGUUGGGCUGAGAAGAUGGAAUCCCUAACUAUCAAAUCCAGUUCAGAUCCAGAGGGUUAUCUCGCACACCCAGUCAAUGCCUAUAAACUGGUGAAACGUCUAAACACAGACUGGCUGGAGCUAGAGAAUCUUGUUCUCCAGGAUUCAACCAAGGGUUUUAUUACAAAUCUCACCAUUCAGCGUCAGUUCUUCCCCACUGAAGAAGAUGAGACGGGAGCUGCCAAGGCACUGAUGCGCUUGCAGGACACAUACAAACUGGACCCGGAAACAAUUUCAAAAGGAGAAUUGCCAGGGACAAAAUACAGAUCCUUCCUCACAGUGGAUGAUUGCUUUGGCAUGGGGAAAACCGCUUAUAAUGAUGGAGAUUAUUACCACACGGUGCUGUGGAUGCAGCAAGCACUGAAACAGCACGACAACGCUGAAGAGGCCACAGUGACUAAAGUGGAGAUUCUGGAUUACCUCAGCUAUGCAGUAUUUCAGCUUGGUGAUAUACUGCGGGCCAUGGAGCUCACCAGGCGUCUGGUUUCCCUUGCUCCCAGCCAUGAAAGAGCAGGCAGUAACAUGCGGUACUUCGAGAUGCUGCUGGAAAAAGAAAAAGAGGCUCAGGUGUUAAAUGAGACAUCAAGCCCAACAGAGGCAACCACACAGAGCGGAAUCUAUGAAAGGCCUCAGGACUACCUGCCAGAACGAGACAUCUAUGAGGCGCUCUGUAGAGGAGAAGGUGUGAAAAUGACUCCUCGAAGACAAAAGAGGCUGGUCUGUAGGUACCACAAUGGAAACCGAAACCCCAACCUGAUCAUAGCGCCUUUCAAAGAAGAAGAUGAAUGGGACAGUCCACACAUUGUCAGAUACUAUGAUGCCUUAUCUGAUGAAGAAAUAGAGAAGAUUAAGGAGCUGGCAAAACCAAAACUGGCAAGAGCUACAGUACGUGAUCCCAAAACUGGUGUCCUAACUGUAGCCAGCUACAGGGUGUCUAAAAGUUCGUGGCUGGAGGAAAGUGAUGAUCCUGUUGUUGCCAAGGUGAAUAAUCGAAUGGAACAGAUCACAGGGUUAACAGCGAAAACAGCUGAAUUAUUGCAGGUUGCUAAUUAUGGCAUGGGAGGACAAUAUGAGCCACACUUUGACUUUUCAAGGAAAGAUGAGCCUGAUGCUUUCAAGCGUUUAGGGACUGGGAAUCGAGUGGCCACUUUUUUAAAUUAUAUGAGUGACGUAGAAGCUGGAGGUGCUACGGUUUUCCCCGAUUUUGGGGCUACAAUUUGGCCCAAAAAGGGGACAGCAGUAUUUUGGUACAAUCUCUUCAGAAGCGGAGAGGGUGAUUACCGAACAAGGCACGCAGCAUGCCCAGUGCUAGUAGGGUGUAAAUGGGUAUCGAACAAGUGGUUUCAUGAACGAGGAAAUGAAUUUUUAAGACCAUGUGGGAGAACAGAAGUCGACUGAAACUGACCUACUUAGCGGUUUUUUUCUUUCUGCCUACUUCUUUAUAUACAGUCCAGUUCGUUUCUGAGAAAUGACUCCUACACUGCUAUAAAGGAAUGAUGGCAUUUUUUAUUUAAAGAAAAGACAGUGUCUAUCAGU